ACGCGACCACCGCCUAUAUAUCCUUUCGCUAGCUUGACGUAUAACUCUCUGUUGCACUCUUCCAACAAACUGUUCUAGGGUUUUCGAUAUCACUCUGACGUGGAGAUGAACAUUAAUUGGGGACAAUCUGGACGAGGGCGCUCGUAUUCUGUGAUUCCAAUGAGUAUGCGACCAUCCCUCAACAAUGUACCCUUUGAGCUCCUUGAAAGUCACAUAUUCCCCUUGCUUUCCCCUCUAGACCUCGUGUGCCUUGGCAAGGCUGACAAGUCUAAAAAGGCGGCGGUGGAGCUAUAUUCUGCCACCCAGCUUAGGAGGCUGUUCUCCCGCUACUUUACGGAGGAGGAAACAAACAAAUUCCGCCUUCUCCAAGCCGAAUAUGGCAUACUGAUCUCCGGAUCGAGUGGUGUGCAGUUCUUUGAAUGCAUCAGGUAUCCGGGCUCCGACCUCGACAUUUAUGUCGAGCACAAGCACUGUCAUGCCGUUGGACAGUUCCUCCUGACAGCUGGAUACACGUUCAACCCGCGUGACAAGCAACAAGGGGUUUUUUACGAGGUUGUUGGGCGCGUUUCGGAGGCUGUCAGAGUGCGUGAUGAAGAUGCAUUUCUGACUGGAUACCAUUGUCGCGGUAUUGCGGACGUCUACGAUUUUUCUCGCAAUGGUGCCCAAGUUCAGCUGAUCACCUCCAAGAAGUCUCCGAUGGAAAUCAUUCUGUCUUUUCACUCAACUACCCCGAUGAAUAUCAUCAGUCAUUCCUAUGCAUAUUCUUUAUUUCCCAAAGCUACGUUUGAUCAAAAGCGCGCCUUGAUCAUUACCACGAGCGGCUCGGGGCAAGAAACUGGGAGGGGCAAAUAUCGUGAUCGCGGAUGGAAACUUUUCGAGUACCCCUCCGUGUUCGAGGCGACCGACUCGAAAUCUGAAUUCCAAGCAGGCCUGAGAUGGGUUGGUGAUAGAAAGUGUCUAACCUUGCCUCUUCCACCUAUUCCUUCCUUGGACGCCUUCAUUCCGUUUCCGUACCCCGUCCAUAUCAACUCAUGGAACAUGAAGUACAAUCGAGACAAUGAAGCUAUUCUGGAGCACGAGAUGCUACUUGCUCCCGUUUUUAGCUACUGCGCAGCUGAUGGAGCUUCCUUUCUAGAAGCUCUGGAUAAAUGUGGCAUACUUAAAGAGCUGGAUAGAUUUAUGGCGCCUGUCAAGGGAACCGUCUGGGUCGACAAACUUCUCGUAGCACUUUUUCAGAAAUAUCAGGAGCGAGUCUCUUCCACGCGCAAUGGCAGCGGCGCCGCGUUGGAGUGGCUGAUGAAACCAGAUGUCCUGUACCCAACAGCGCUAAGCCUUUGAGGCCAGUUUCUUUUCACUGCAUGUUAUCAAGCUAGUGUAUCGUAACUAUCAGAGGGACUUGAUGCAACUUGUUCGUACUUCUGUUUUGGCUUUAGAUACAGGAGUAUUUACUGAGAUCAGUGCUCUGAUAGUUGAGAGUGAUAUGUGGCUGAUACCUCUCAUAAGUUUGCGACUGACAUUACGCGUAUACGUACAGCCUGACGGUCCAUGAACGUGAUUUCAGCCUUGACACGCGUAGCUUCUGCUUCCAUGAUGUAGUAGUAGGUGGUUAAGAAAAAUGGGGGGAAACAGCACGCGGUGGACUAUCGACACGACGCG